AUGAGUCGACGCGACUUUCUGUCGAUGCCCGCGCCCGAGAAUUAUGUGGCUGGUCUCGGCAGAGGAGCUACGGGCUUCACAACUCGAAGCGAUCUGGGUCCCGCUCGUGAGGGUCCUUCCGAGGAACAGAUGAAAGAGAUGCUGGCCAAACGUGCGGCUUCGCUGGGCCAGGCAGCACCCUCGGCUUAUGGUGUCACAGAAAAGAAGGAAGAAGAGAGGGACGAAGAGGAGGAUCGGUUUCAAGAUCCUGACAAUGAAGUCGGCCUCUUCUCCAGCGGGAUGAACUACGACAAGGACGAUGACGAGGCAGACCGCAUCUACCAAGAAGUCGAUGAGAAGAUGGACAAGCGACGCAGAGCAAGAAGGGAAGCUCGCGAGCAACAAGAACGAGACGAAUACGAACGAAACAACCCCAAGAUCCAGCUCCAGUUUGCUGAUCUGAAACGAGCCCUCGGCGGCGUCUCCGAGGAAGAAUGGGCUGCGCUGCCUGAGGUUGGAGAUAUGACGGGCAAAGCGAAACGAGCACGUGAAGCUCGACUGGCGAAUGCGAGGUCGUACGCUGUUCCGGAUAGUGUUCUAGCUGCGGCAUCAAAGAGUGGCGAGCUCGAUACCACGAUUUCGUCAGGCGACGCUGACGGUAUGACCACGAAUCUUGCAAGCAUCGGAGCUGCGCAGCUGUCUGCCCUGACUGUACGGCUCGACUCAGCAGCAAGUGCCCCUGGCACGCAAACUACAACAACUUCCGGAACCUCGACCUCCGUGGACCCCAAGGGAUACAUGACUGCGCUCAACAAGAAGGAAGCUAUGGGCGAGGAAGUCCCGGUCGAGGACAUCAAUCGCGCGCGUGUGCUACUAGAAUCGGCUGUCAAGACCAACGUGCAUAAUGGUCCUGGAUAUGUUGCGCUAGCACGACUUGAAGAGGUAGCUGGAAAGAUUCACACAGCCAAAAAGGUCAUUGCCCGCGGGUGUGAACUUUGUCCUCGAUCUGUAGUUGUUUGGGAGGAAGCGAUCAGGCUAAACCGCGACAAUCUCCACAAUGCGAAGAUUAUUGCCGCCAAUGGUAUCAAGCAAAAUACCAAGGCCGUGAAAUUAUGGCAAGCCGCGAUCGAUCUGGAACAAACGCCUGCGUCUAGGAAAAAGGUUACUCGGCAAGCUCUAGAUCACAACCCACAAAGUGUCGAACUGUGGAAGACCCUAAUCAACGAUACUGAAGAGCUGGAUGCAGUCCGCUUACUGUUCGCCAAAGCUACGGAUACUGUGCCUCUUUCCGAGGAACUGUGGAUCUCAUACGCUAGGGUUUCCAAACCUGAAGACGCGCAGCAGAUUCUUAAUAAGGCUCGUAAGGCUAUUCCUACCAGCUGGGCGAUCUGGAUUCAUGCUUGCAGGUUGCAAGAAGAGCUGGGCAAAGUCGACAUGUUAGACAUGAUCAUGACCCGAGCCGUCAAAUCUCUAAUCAAGGAGAAUGCUAUGAUCAAACGUGAAGAGUGGAUCACGCAAGCGGAGAUCUGUGAGGAACAAGGCGACACAGGCACAGCUGCCGCGAUCAUCAAAGCAACCGUGGGCUGGGGUCUUGACGAAGACGAUGAGCGUCGAGAUGUUUGGCUUGAAGAUGCCAGGAGCGUCUUGAACAGGAACAAGCCGGAGACAGCCAGAGCCAUUCUCGGAUUUGCUGUCGCCGUCUUCCCGUACAGUACCACAGUUUGGCAUGCGUCCACCGACCUCGAAAAGCAUCACGGUACAACAGACACCCUCCUUAGUGUGCUAGAGCGCGCUGUAAACGCUUGCCCGAACUCCGAGUCCUUGUGGUUGCAAUACGCUCGAGAGAUGUGGCAGUCAGGGAACCCUGAAGGUGCUCGCCAAGUUCUGGGAAGAAGUUUCGAGGCUCUGCCGGGCAACGAAAUGCUGUACACUCGCGCUGUUGACUUUGAGGUCGACGCUGGGAACUACGAGCAAGCUCGUAGUUUCCUCCAGGUGGCUCGUGAAUCAGCUGCUACUGACCGUAUCUACAUGAAAUCUGCUGUGCUCGAACGACAACUUGAAAACUAUGAGACAGCGAUCGACAUUUGUAACCAGGGUCUGCAAAAUUGGCCUGGCAGCUGGAAGUUACAUGCCAUCAAGGGUCAAGUCUAUGAACAGCUGUCGAAGCUGCCAGAAGCUCAUGAGGCAUUCAAUAUUGGUACGCGUGCGGCACCCAAAGCUCCAGUUCUGUACAUCUUGCUUUCACGAUUGCAGGUGAAGCAAGGAGCAGUUGUCAAGGCCAGAUCUACGCUGGACCGUGGCCGACAGCAAAACCCGAAGAGCGAAGAAAUUCUUCUGGAGCAGGUUCGUCUUGAGCGUCGACAGAACAACACCAACGCCGCGCAACAGCUGAUGGCCAGCGCUUUGCAACAAUGUCCAAACUCAGGACUUUUGUGGGCAGAAAAGAUCAUGCACCUGGAGGGUCGCACUCAGCGUAAGCCGCGAGCAUUGGAAGCCAUCAAGAAGGUGGAGAAGGACCCACUACUUUUCGUCGUUGUCGCGCGUAUCUUCUGGUCUGAGCGACGCUUGGACAAAGCCGCGACGUGGUUCGUUAAAGCUGUCACUCUUGACAGCGACUAUGGUGAUGCGUGGGUGUGGUACUACAAGUUUCUCGAACAGCACGGUACUGAGGAGAAGAAGGAGGAUACGCUUUCAAAGGCUGCGAUGGCUGAACCUAAGCAUGGUGAGAUUUGGCAGUCAGUAGCUAAGGACCCCAAGAAUGCGCGGAAGAGCGUGGAGGAGAUUUUGAAGAUUGCUGCGGCGAAGGCGGAGUAA